GAGGUAUACCGACAAUUAAACCAAGUUUUCCAUUUGGAAAUGUCGCACCCAUGUUCACUUUAAGGAAAUCUAUGGGUGAAAAUGUGACUGAUUUAUACAAUAAAAUCAAAGCUCCAUUUUUUGGAAUGUAUGUGUUUGCAACACCGAGGCUAGUUAUUAAAGAUCCACAAAUAGUGAAGUUGGUUUUAGUUAAAGAUUUUCAACAUUUCCAAGAUCGUGGAAACGAGAUUGAUCCAGAGAAAAAUGCUUUAGUAGCACAUUUGUUCAGUUUAGCAGGCAACCACUGGAAAAACUUAAGGAACGCAUUGACACCUGCGUUUACUUCUGGAAAAUUGAAAAUGAUGAUGAACACAGUUAUAAAAUGUGGUGAAAAUUUGCAAAUAUACCUCGAAGAAAAAGCUAAAGGCCAGGAAGUUUUGGAAUUCAAAGACCUGGCAGCGCGUUACACCACAGAUAUCAUUUCUUCCGUAGCAAUGGGUAUUGAUGUUAAUUCCAUCAAAAAUCCUAAUGAUGAAUUUCGAAAUAUCGGUAGAAGGAUCUUCGAUUUUUCGACUACUUGGGAAGCUGUGAAGAAUAUUAUGUUUUUCACAUCUCCAGAAUAUUUGAAGACCCUUAAUAUAUCUGUGGUUAAACCAGAUGUACACGACUUUAUGACAAAUGUAGUUGAGCAAACUGUAAAUUAUCGAGAACAAAGUGGUGUCAUGAGAAACGAUUUUAUGCAACUUCUGAUACAAUUGAGAAAUACUGGCAAAAUUAGAGACGAUGAUGACAUGAAAGUGGAAAUUCAGAAGGAGAAACAAAUGUCUCUGGAAGAGAUAACUGCAGAGGUGCACUUGUUCUUCCUUGCUGGAUUUGAAACUUCGUCCAUAACAAUGUCAUCCUUCUUCUACGAAAUGGCAAGGAAUCCAGAAAUUAUGAGGAAGGCACAAGCCGAAGUUGAUUCCUGCGUUGCAAAACAUGGAGGAUUCACCUAUGAUGCCAUGAACGAAAUGAAAUACCUGGAAAAUUGUAUAAAUGAAACUCUUCGCAUUUACACUGCCCUACCAUUUCUACUACGCCAGUGCUCUAUUGACUACAAAAUUCCUGGACACGAUGCAGUAAUUCCUAAAGGAACCAGGGUGCUGAUACCAUUAAUGGGUUUACACAGAGAUCCUGAAUAUUUUCCAGAUCCGUUGAAGUACGAUCCUGACCGUUUUAGUGAUGAAAGAAAAGGAUCCAUUGUUCCUUAUACGUAUAUCCCUUUUGGUGAAGGAAAACGAGCCUGUAUAGGUAUGCGUUUAGGAAAAAUGCAAGUAAAAGUUGGUUUAGCAAUGGUGCUUCAAAAAUACGACAUUCUGAAAUGUUCCAAAACAUCCACAGAGUUUCAACAUGAUCCAACAACUGCUGGUGUGGUUCACUUAGGAGGAAUUUGGCUAAAGGUUGCUCCUCGUACUAGUCGUGUAAUUAUAAUAUUUUAUUGCGUGAAUAAAAGUGAAAAGGUGAAAAUGUUCGACUUUAUCCAAUAUGUGUUUGAAGUUUUGGUGGCCGUUCUGGUGUUAGUACUUGCAGCAACUUACGUAUAUUUCAAACACUCUUUCACAUUCUGGGAAAAAAGAAAUAUUCCAUCAAUUGCACCAACUUUUCCUUUCGGAAAUGUAGAACCUGUGUUUAGAUCCAAAAAAUCAAUGAGUCAAAAUAUAGCUGAUUUAUACAACAGCAUAAAAGCGCCAUUCUUCGGUAUUUAUGUGUUUUGUAUACCCAGAUUGGUAGUAAAGGAUCCAGAAUUGAUCAAGUUAAUUUUGGUGAAGGACUUCCAAUAUUUCCAAAACAGGGGCAAUGAAUUUGACUCAAAAUCCAACGCUUUGCAAUCGAAUUUAUUUAGCAUAUCAGGAGAUUCUUGGCAAAAAUUAAGAAAUGCUCUGUCACCGGCAUUUACAUCGGGAAAACUUAAAGCUAUGAUGGAGAUUAUUAUUAGAUGCGGUAAAAAUUUGCAAGAAUUUCUUGAAGAAAAAUCCAACAGUAAAGAAGAACUCGAAUUCAAAGACUUGGCUGCAAGAUACACAACAGAUGUAAUUUCUUCAGUAGCUUUAGGCAAUGAAGUAAACUCAGUGAAAAAUCCAAAUCACGAAUUUCGCGAAAUUGGCAGAAAAAUAUUUAAUUUACCCACAAGAUGGGAUGUUGUCAUGUCCAUUAUGUUUUUCAUGUCACCUGAAAUCCUGAAUAAAUUUAAAUUGGCAAAUAUAAGUCGUGAAGUUUAUGAUUUCAUGAUGAAUGUUGUUAGACAAACAGUGACCUUUAGAGAAGAAAAUAAUAUAACAAGACCUGAUUUCAUGCAACUUUUGAUUCAGUUGAGAAAUGGUGGUGAAAUUACAGAUGAUGAUGACAUGAAAAUCAAAGUACAAGGAGAAAAGCAGUUAUCCUUGGAUGCUAUAGCAUCAGAAGUGAAUUUGUUCUUCUUGGCUGGUUUCGAAACAUCUUCUAUAACAAUGUCAUCAUUUUUCUAUGAAAUGGCACAAAACCAUGACAUCAUGCGAAAAGCUCAAGCAGAUAUUGAUGCAAGUGUCGCAAAACAUGGAGGUUUUAACUAUGAAGCAAUGAAUGAUAUGAAAUAUUUGGAAAAUUGCAUUAAUGAAACUCUCCGGAUUUAUACAACGUUACCAUUCCUUGUUCGCGAAUGCUCAAUAGACUACAAAAUUCCUGGACACAACGCAUUCAUUCCAAAAGGCACCAGAGUAUUGAUACCGUUAAUGGGUCUCCACCGAGAUCCAGAUCAUUUCCCAAACCCAAUGAAAUUUGAUCCAGACCGAUUCAGUGAUGAGCGUAAAGGUUCCAUAAAACCUUAUACAUAUUUUCCUUUUGGAGAAGGAAAAAGGGCAUGCAUUGGCAUGCGUUUGGGAAAAAUGCAAGUGAAAAUGGGAUUGGCAAUGGUGCUUCACAAAUUUGAUAUUUUGAAAUGUUCUAAAACAUCAGAAGAAUUCCAGCAUGAUCCUACUACUGCGGGUGUUGUACAUUUAGGUGGAAUCUGGCUGAAAGUAGCUAAACGAAAAGUUUAAUGAGUAAUAGAUAAUUAGUAUCAAAAUUCGUCUAGUUUAUACUCACCGAGAAAACAUUGAUUCUUAAUUAAAAAUAUUUUAAAAUGCGCAAAUCACGUAGAUGAUUUGCACUUCAGUCAGUUGAUGGUCAAAAUUUUGAGCCAUUUUGAGCCGAAUUUCUUUCAUGUUAUUUUCUUUCCGUCGUUAAUCAAGUCCAUUAUUAUUUAUAGUCGGACUUUUCACUUGACGUUGUUAUUUCAAAAAAAGAU